AGCCGAGAGGAAAGUGAUGCUUUUUUCUCCUCGAUAUCUGACCUGUUUGCAUUAGCUCUCCUUGUGUUUUUAUCCUUUCCGCCUGCCAGUCGUGUCAAGUCGAGUCGAUUCAUGUCGUCGUAGUCAACGGUGCAUGCGCACAGCAUCGACCAAAAUGGUGUCACCGGCCACAGCUAUAUCUCGUCUCAUCCCGAGUCUUCUGUUGGGAACCGUGAGAACGGCUCUGGAUUUGCCGUCCGAGCUUGCAAAUUUCUACACCGGGGCGGAUCCGGACCGAUGCACCGGAAUCGAACAACUUAUUCGAAGCAAGGGCUAUCCUUUCGAACGCCACAAUGCGAUCACGAGCGAAGGGUACAUCAUCGAGAUGCACCGGAUACCGCACGGCAAAGAACGAUGCAAAGACCCGUGUCACAGGCAACCUAUCCUCCUCAUGAGUGGUCUACUCGGUGACUCGUCGAACUUCGUGCUGGACUUUCCGAAACAGUCACUCGGAUAUGUCUUGGCGGACAGCAAAUACGACGUGUGGAUGGGAAACGUACGUGGUAAUACGUACGGAAAACGUCACAAGAAGUACAACAAACGUUCACGAAGAUUCUGGAAUUUUUCGUUCCACGAACAUGCAAAGUACGAUCUGCCGGCCCAGAUCGACUACGUCCUGAAGAAGACAGGCAGGAAAGACCUCCUGUACUUGGGAAUCUCACAGGGCACGCUCUUGUUCUUCACCAUGAUGUCCGAGAGGCCGAAGUACAACGACAAAGUGAAGGUGUUCGCGGGCUUGGCUCCGUUCAACAAGCUGUCACACAUGGACUCUGACGCCCUCGCCAUAGUGAUGCCUUUCGCCGAUCAUGCAUUGCGCAUGGCGUACACACUGGGCAGAUACGAGAUCAUGCCCCAGGGAUUUCCCUUGCUGCCGCUGGCACGAAGCUUCUGCGCCUUGCCAACAAGAGCCAUUUGUUCCUUACUCGGGGACGAGUUCGGCAACCUCGGCAGCAAGUAUAUGAACAUGUCUCGCAUCCCCGUGUACCUCUGUCACGUUCCUGCUGGGAGUUCAGUGAAGAAUAUUGUUCACUAUUCGCAGCUUGUCCAGUCGAAGAAGGCAACGAAGUUUGACUACGGUCCAGUUGACAACAAGAUUUAUUACGGCCAGGAGGACCCUCCAGAAUACAAGAUAAGCAACGUGAAGACCGACGUGGGCAUUUUCUGGAGUCGUGGCGAUCGGAUUGUGUCGCCGGCUAACGUACGUGAGCUCAUCAAGGACUUGGGACCACGCGUCAAAAAGAACCACUUCAUCGACGACCCCUACUACACGCACGUGCACUUCGUCAUGGCAUUGAACAACCCAAUGUUGUUGUAUAAAGACCUGCUGGAGUUUCUGGAUAAAUACGCGACGUCUGAACAACUGAUUCGAAGCAAGGGCUAUCCUUUUGAACGCCAUAAUGCGAUCACGAGUGACGGGUACAUCAUCGAGAUGCACCGGAUACCGCACGGCAAAGAACCGUGCAAGGACCCUUGCCAUAGACAACCUAUCCUCCUCAUGAGUGGUCUACUCGGUGACUCGUCGAACUUCGUUCUGGACUUCCCGAAACAGUCCCUCGGUUACGUUCUGGCGGACAGCAAAUAUGAUGUAUGGAUGGGGAACGUACGGGGCAAUACGUUCCACGAACAUUCAAAGUACGACCUGCCGGCCCAGAUCGACUACGUGCUUAAGAAGACCGGCAGGAAAGACCUGCUGUACCUGGGUCUCUCUCAGGGCACGCUCAUGUUCUUCACCAUGAUGUCUGAGAAGCCGAAGUACAACGACAAACCCUCGUCUUAUCGCGAGAGCAAUAUGCUGAAACUCGAGGCACGCUCGGGCCGUCGCCGUGAUGGUCCGGGUGCGAUGGCGCACGCGCAGCUCUCCCGACGUGAAGGCAUUUGCAGGCCUGGCACCAUUCAACAAGCUGUCCCACAUGGAUGGCUGGUGCCCUUUUCUGAUCAUAUUAUGCGUAUGGCGCUCACCCUCGGCCAAUACGAGAUCAUGCCCCAGGGGUUCCCAUUGCUGCCGGUUUCGAGAACCUUCUGCGCAUUGCCCACGAGGGCAGUGUGUUCCUUCCUGGGCGACAGUUUCACCAACCUUGGCAGCAAGUACAUGAACGAGUCUCGCAUUCCGGUGUACUUGUGCCACCUGCCUGCCGGAACGUCACUGAAGAACAUCGUUCACUUUUCGCAGCUUCUCAAGUCGAAGAAGGCAACCAAGUUCGACUACGGCCCCGAUGAUAACAAGAUUUAUUACGGUCAGGAGGAUCCCCCGGAAUACAAGAUAAGCAACGUGAAGACCGACGUGGGCAUAUUCUGGAGCCGCGGUGAUAAGUUCGUGCCGCCAGACAACGUGCGGGAGCUCAUCAAGGACCUCGGACCGCGGGUCAAGAAGAACCAUUACAUCGACGACCCUUACUACACGCACAUACACUUCGCCAUGGCACUGAACAACCCAACGAUGUUGUACAAGGACUUGCUAGAGUUUCUAGAUCAAUACGCGACGUCUUCCUAGGAGUGGUACUCGUAGGGGUGCAUGGGCGUCUGGCAGGGUUGUACUAAGCAAUGCGCGUGGCCCCCGAAACUUUGCAUAGGCCUACCCCUCACAACGCCUGUGCUCAGCUGUCGAUCGCAUACAAACUACACCCUGUUGCUCAGUAGUUCCUCAUCUUAAGAGUUUAUGCUCCGUUUAGCACGUAGCAGACAACGCUGUGAAGGUUAGGGAGAUUUCAUUCACUGUUCGCAUUCGGAAAAAAAAAAAAAAAAACUUGGAGGACGCUUAAGCUUUGCCUUUAAAAGUGGAACGCGAUAGUACUAAAAUAUCCCUAACUGCGUCUUACGCUUCGCGUCACCUGCAGCAUAUGUAAGCAUAAUGUUUAGAGGGAAACGCCGCCGGCGAACGCUAUGCAUGAAGGCGAGCUUUCUAGUAAAAACGUCCCCUCUCUCGUAGGCCGAUUCUGAAGGUAGUCCACAGCCGCGGCAAAAAAACAACACCACUAUUUUCGGGAUUCUGUUAAUGUUUCGCUCUCCUAAUAUUUAAGUCUGAGAAGCUUUAACAUGAAAGGCACGCGCUGGGGAUGUUUUGUUUCAUGAUAUUGGUUUGUGGGCUGUCAUUCUCAAAAUAACGAGGAAUAACUUCGCCUGGAAUGUAAGACAAGGCAUGAGGAACUUUAGUGAUAGAACGGUGUGGCAACACAGCCCGCAUAUGCCGCAUGUCAUUUAGCAAGGCGUGCGAUACACACAUACCCAAAUAUAUACGGAAGGUUUCACUCACGGACAACUACGCCCACACCGACACCGGAUUUUCUGCGAGACGGGGACCUUAACGCUAUCGCUUUAUUAAUGCGUUACUUACGAAAGAAAGGCACAGGCCAUGCAAUUCUAUGCAACACUAAGCCGCACAUCUUUAUUUCGAAAAAAAUAUGGAACUGCAUGCAGGCUGUGGCAGAUCUGAACCCAAUAACCGCAGAACGCGCGGAGUGACACAUUUCUUCUGCGAGCGGCCGCAGCACACCACUUUCGCUCGCGACCAGAACAUAGUGCGUUCCACACUGCAAGCACGGAAGUGCCAAAAUAACGCGUGAUUAGACGUAUCCUUACGCCCACAAGUUCCAAUUGUAAUAUAUGUAGUAGUUAUUCUGUAGAAAACAUCACAGAAAAAGAACCGCACUGCGACACGCAUGUAGUAUGCGUGAGACUUAUAUAAGGCCACUCCUUGGGCGUAGCUUCCGGAGCGUAGUGAGCUAAAUAUGAAACGGAGUGUGAUUCUCACAAUUGUCCAAAAAAGCACAGUGAGAUUAUUGUUGGGCAAUUAUGCUGUACCUAUGUGUUAUUGUUACCUGUGAUUUCUGUAGGUUGUAAUAUGCUGGUAUUAGUAAUGAAUGUUUUUUUCUGUAUAUAGCAUUUGUAGAUACAGAUAUGUGUGUAAUAGAUGCUUGUGCGUUGUUACGGUCGUGCAAAAGGGCAGUCACAGCUUCAAGAUGCGGGCCUGCGCCUGAUUCUAUUUCUUCCAUGUACAUUUUUUUUUCGAGAAGGAUAAAUUCAAUUCAAUAAAGUCGAAUGUGCUUCAA